AUGUUCUCUCCUUUUGCGUUCUUUUACAAGUCAGCAAAGCGAGGCAUUAUGGCAGGCGUGCCGCCGCCCGUGAAGUCCGCGAAGGCGGGGCUGGAGGAGACCCCCGUGGAGCAGCAGGUGCAGAACAUCCGCAUCACGCUCAGCUGCAUGAACAACGUCAAGAGCCUCGAGAAGGUGUGCGCGGACCUGGUGCGCGGAGCCAAGGAGAAGCGCCUCAAGGUGAAGGGCCCCGUGCGCAUGCCCACCAAGGUGCUCCGCCACACUACGCGCAAGUCGCCCUGCGGCAACGGUACCAACACGUGGGACACGUUUGAGCUGCGCGUACACAAGCGCGUGAUUGACCUGGUGAGCCCAUCGGAGGUGGUGAAGCAGAUCACGUCCAUCAGCAUCGAGCCGGGGGUUGAGGUCGAGGUCACCGUCACCAGCGCUUGCCCAAGCCCAUGCCUGCUGCUGUUAUCAGCGCUGGUCGCUGCCAGUAGGGUGCACAGUUGCCCGCACGCCAUCAUCAGCGCUUAG